AUGAAUUACCCAUCAAACGUUUGUAGACCAAUAAUGACUCCUCGUCUCAUCACAAACUAUUAAGAAAUGCAAAAUCAAGGAGAUCAAAAUUAAAAUAACAGCGAAAUUAGAAUUCCUAAUUAAAAUUAUUCAUUUUUCAUAGAUAGAGAUUAGAAUUCAAUUAAGAAAUCCUUCUAAUUUACAAAUUUAACAUCCUAGAAAAUUGUAAAUAAUUUAAAUCAAGAUGUAGACAUUUAAAAUAUAAAAUAUACAGUUUUAAAGUAAAUUGGAUAAGGCAACUUUGGGUAAGUCUAUUUAUUAAAUAAAUAAAACUCUUAUUAUGCCCUAAAAGUGUAAAAAUAAAUGAAUAAAGAAGAAUAAAAAAUUCUUUUAGAGCUUUAAGGAAUAAAAUUUAAAAAUCUUGUUAACACUAUUGAAUGUUUAUUAAAUUAUUAGACUUAAGAAUAUUUUAUUUUGAUGGAGUAUUGUGAACAAAGCUUAGAAGAUGUUUUACAUAAAGAAAAGAUAAAUCAAUAAAAUGCCAGAUAUAUUAUUAAAUAAAUUGCUAAUGGUAUAAAAGAACUUCAUGAUAAAUAAAUAAUACACAGAGACUUAAAACCAGAAAAUAUCCUAGUUUUCUCUUAUAUCGAUGGAGAAAACACUUAAAAAACUUAUAAAAUAUGCGAUUUUGGAUUGUCAAGCACUAAAUAGAUUUCAUAAACAUAUCAAUGUGGUACAUCUCAUUAUAUGGCCCCAGAGUAAAUCAAGUGUUUAUCCCAAAAAAAUAUUGGCUAUAAUGCCUCUGUGGAUAUUUGGGCUUUAGGAGCAGUCAUCUAUGAAGUAUUUUCAGGAGAGGUCUUAUUCAUGGAAAACAGUAAUCAAGAAGUUUUUAAUUUGAUAUUAAGUUAAAAAUAAGAAUAAAUAGAUGAAAAAAUUAAAAAUAAGCUUGGUAAUUUAGAAUAUGUCAACCUUGUUUUAUAAAUGAUGUAAAUCGAGCCAAAUUAGAGAAUAUCAAUUAAUGAAGUAAUAAAUAAAUUAAAAAUUAAUGGAACUAAAAAGAUCAAUUAAUAGAAAUAACACUUCCAUGUUUAAAAUUAAUAUUUUUCUCAUAAUAAAAUUCACCAAAAAUCUUUAAAUAAUUUUUUCAGCUAAUCCUAAUUAUAAUUGUAUAAAUUUUAAUUAUCAUUAUCAUAAUAAGAGUAAAAAUCAUACUUUUAAUCAUAAUAAACAUAAUAGUAAUAAUUAUUAUCAUUUUCAUCAUCAUAAUUGUAGUAAUAGAAAUAAAAGUAAUAAUUCUUCUUAUAAUCAUAAUAGUAAUAAUAGUAAUAAUCAUUAUCAUUUUCAUAAUUGUAAUAAUAGUAAUAAUUCUUCUUACAACAAUAAUAAUAAUAACAAUAAUAAUAAUAAUAAUAAUAAUAAUAAUAAUAAUAAUAAUAAUAAUAAUAAUAAUAAUAAUAAUAAUAAUAAUAAUAAUAAUAAUAAUAAUAAUCAUAAUAAUCAUAAUAAUCAUAAUAAUAGUUAAAAUUAAUCUUAUAAGGUUAGAAAAACUAGGAAUAGACAAAAAUUGGGUUUGCCCCUCCCAAUUAAUAAAAAUUAAAAAAUAUAAAAAUUCUUUGA